AUGAAAGAAAAACACAAUCACAACAGAAAUAUUAGUGGCUAUACCCUGAAAAGUAACAAUGAUGGUGGUCAAAAUAUUGUUGGUGGUGGGGAUAAAAUAAAUAAAAAUGAUGAUGAUGUUGAGGUUACCAUAAAAAUUUUUGUUGAUGAUGGUGGUGAUGUAAUUGAAAAUAUUGGGAAAGAACGUGAAGUGCGAAAUUCAAACAACACUGAUGCAAAAGUAGAAGACAUCGAAGCGACCGAAGCGACAGUCACGAGGGCACAGGCGUCGUAUCUCCGGGACAUGCCAGCCCAACAGAAACACAGCAGACAUCAUCAAAUAAACAGUUCAAGCCAUCCUGAUCAUGACCCACAACAGAAUGAAAAAUUUUAUGGAAAUUGCACUGGCUGCUAUCACGAAGCUACCAAGUUAACUCCCUUCAUUGCAAAGCAAAUAAAAAGAAGAUCAUCUCGGAAUGGAGACUUUCACAAGUCAACGACAUCAAAAACUCCAUCAACAACAUCAACAGCAACAACUUCAACUAAUUCAGCGGUGGCGAACAAACAAAACGACAGAAAACAAUACAAUCACCAGCAACACACCCAAAAACCACCAACUUCAUCAUCAUUCUCACGCGACAUGGAAGAAGUGAACAAAUGCGGUUGCAGCUUAUACAGGCAGAGCUUCCUCUGCUACAACAAGAAGACCACCCCUAAAACUUUGACCGUGCUGGUCAUUCUUCCUUACAACGAGACUUACUUGUUCUCCAUCAAAAAGGUCAUGCCCGCCUUGAACAGGGCAGCCGAAAGUGACCUCGUGAAAUCCCAGCUUUCUGGUUGGUCGGUCAUGUUCAUAGAGGCCGAAUCGAAAUCUAUGAAAUAUUCGUACAAGCAACUCAUAACAAAUUUUUUCAAAAAAUUAAAUUUCCUUUUUAAAACUUUUAAAGUCAAACUCCCUUCAAAACGUUUCGCUAAUUGCAAUUAG